AUGAGAUCCGAUAUAGAGAGCUCAUGUGAUAAGGUUAUCGGAGACAUCAACCUAUUGACCAAGAUCCUUGUCUUGGUGCCGGCGAAACAUGUGAUUCAAUGUAAACGUGUUUCAAAGCAAUGGCGGGCUCUAAUAUCUGAACCUAGAUUCAUUCAAACACACACUCAUAUUCACAACUCUCAACCACAUUCCCUUUGGAUCUAUAAUGGCCCUAUAUUCCCCUUCCACCGCCACCAAUUGGGAAGGUCGGACAUCCAAACUUUCAAUACCUGGUCAAAGAGCCACCUUUACACUAGAAUUAUGCAAUCAUGCAAUGGUCUGCUACUAUGCAAAGCUUUUUUCCUCGAAGGUCCUCGUUCCAUAACUUAUUGUUUCCAAGUCCUAAAUCCGUCCACAAAUCAUUUUAUUAAUCUUCCGUUCCCAUCAGCAGAUCUAGAAAACAAUUUUGAUUUCAGUCUAGUACCUGCAAUUUAUCUGUCUUUUGAACCGUUGACUUUGAGGUCCUUUCACUUCAAAGUUGUUUCAUUUGUGAAGGUCAAUAUUAAUACUUUUAAGAUUUUUAUGUAUACAUCUGAGACUAGUUUGUGGUCUGCGUGUGACUUUAUCUUCACUGCUUCACCCAAGAUGAAAAUUGGUUCUGGUGUAUAUUGCAAUGUGUUGUGUACUGGUGCUCUGGUGAGGUGUUAUGGUAUUUUGACCUACAUAACAAGCGCUUCGAGUCAUUACCUGCACCAACAUGCAAAGAUUCUUUUGGUUAAGUAUUUUGGGGAGUUCAAAGGGAAUCUCCAAAUGAUUUUGAGUAAGAGUGAUGAAAGUUUGGAUUUUGAUAUUCUAGAGCUGGAAGGUUUCACCAAAUGGGUUGUGAGAUAUCGUCUCAACCUUAAUCCUGUUGUGGAUGCAUUUGGUACGAACAUUUUUCAUGUGCUAUUUGUUAUUCUUCCAGAAAAUGAAGAGGAUUCGAUGAUUUUAUUCUUAGUGGAUUCCAGAAUAAUGUCAUAUAAUUUAAAGGAUCGUUCUUUACGAUUAAUACGUGAAGGAGGAAAUUUUGUUAAGGAUUGGUGGAGCGGGGAAAUCAUUUCACCUAUACUUGGAGACUUUAUCAAAUGUUGGGUUGAGAUCACCUUAAAUUAA